CCCACAGGCUUCAUUGUCACUUGCCCAGGCACCCCCGUGACUAGUUGAGAAUGGUGUCUUCCGCGAGCUAUCCGUAACCACCCUUCUCAAAGUGAGAUUUAUCAGCACACCAAGGAAGUUCUGUGUCGCCGCCUCAGUUGUAAGCUGCCACGGGACUCAAACCGUGACUUCAAAAUGAAAGCCCUCCGUUAAAGGGAGAAGGGAUUCAGGAAAUCUUUUUUUUUUCUCUAGCUAGCAGAACACCAUACGGUUAGGGUCAUCAAACUCUGUCGGAGUUUGACUCAUACUCCUUUCCGAUGGUUUACAGCCCUUGGCCAUGGCCGCUCAGAUGGGCAACAUGAACCGUGAAGACCGGAAUGUGCUCCGAAUGAAAGAAAGAGAAAGGAGAAAUCAAGAGAUCCAGCAAGGAGGAGAGGCCUUCCCAGCUAACUCCCCUCUCUUUCCCGAGCCUUAUAAAGUUUCUAGCAAAGAAGACAAACUAUCCAGCCGUAUCCAGAGCAUGCUAGGCAAUUACGACGAGAUGAAAGAAACGAUCGGUGAGACCCCCAUAUCUAAACUCAUGAGCAAAGGAUCAGGUUCUUCCUCCUCCGAGGAGAAGUCAGGACCAGGACUGUACAGUGAACAGAGAGGAGGGAGCGGAGGCGGCGGAGGCGGCAGCGGCGGCCAGAGCAGCAAAUGGACUCCUGUUGGCUCUUCGUCCAACGCCUCGUCCUCGUCCUCCUCCUCCUCCUCCCAGCCCAAGCGCUCGGGGCUCCAGAGCAGCCGCAGCGGGGCCGGCGGCAGCGCCAGUAGCAGCAGCGGCGGCAGCGGCAGCAGCCAGCGGCACGAGAAGGACUACAGCGGCGGCAAGAAGUCCAGCAAGCACAGCAGCGGCGGCGGCGGCGGCGGCAACUCGGACCAGUCCAAGGGGCACACGUCCAGCCCGGCCAAGGGCUCGUCCAUGGGCUCGUCGGGCCACUCGCGCUCCUCCAUGGGCGGCUCGGAGCACCACGGCAAGGACCGCUACCGCAAGUCGCCGAGGGAGCGCGAGCGCGAGCCCAGCUGGGACUCGCCGUCGCGCGUCCACACCUCCACCUUCGCCACGGGCCAACACUCCAGCCAGGCGUUCCCGCCCUCGCUGAUGACCAAGCCCAGCUCCAUGCUGCAGAAGCCCACGGCGUACGUGCGGCCCAUGGACGGCCAGGAGACGGCCGAGCCCAAGGGCUCCUCCGAGAUGUACGGCGCACAGUCGCACAGCAGCAGUGCCGGCGAGAUGAAGACCAACGGCAAGGCCUCGCUCGCCAAGCUCAAGAUCCCCACACAACCGGGCUCCAUGACCGGUGAUUCAAGCUGUGUUGAUGAGAUCUUAAAGGAAAUGACUCAGUCUUGGCCUCCCCCACUGACGGCCAUUCACACUCCCUGUAAGACGGAGCCAUCCAAAUUUCCCUUCCCUACAAAGGACUCCCAACACUCAAGUUUCAGCAGUGGCGGACACAGCAAGAGGUGCAGCACGGGGAAGAGCUCCUCCAGCACACACGGCUCUAAAGCCUGCGAGGGCGACCAGGCCAACAUGCUGGAGAGUGACCUUGCAAUAAGCAGUAGCGACGGAGAGAGUGACGGCGAGCAGGACUCUGCCAAAACGGCCCCCAGGAGCGCCCCUCAGAGUCAGGGUCCAGAGGUGGCGGAGAACUCGCGGGAGGACGCAAGCAGCCACACGGGCUCGGAGAGCAGCUCGGCGUCGGACAGCGAGAGCGAAAGCAGCUCCAGCGAGAGCGAGACCAAUGAACCGCCACGCGCCGCUUCACCAGAGCCUGAGCAGCCCACUGCCAACAAGUGGCAGCUGGACAACUGGUUCAAGAAGGUCAACAAAUUCUCCCCGGCGUCCCCCGUGGACAACAACAACGCGCCCACCACCAAGUACAGGAAAGAGGGCAGGGAGGCGGGGUCGAGGGGCGGCUACGGCGGCCAGAGCGGCUCGAAAGACGCCGGCGCGCCCCCGCAGGGCCGGGACCUGCGGCCGGCCCAGAAGGGCUCGGAGAACGGCCGCGGCCGGCAGAAGUCGCCGGCGCAGAGCGACAGCGGCGCCGGCCAGCGGCGGACGACGGGCAAGAAGCAGCCCAAGAAGAACUCGGCGGAGAAGCCGCCGGUGGUGGAGGAGCCCAAGGGCGGGCUGAUGGUGGAGAGCGAGACGCCGCAGGACAUCCCCACGCCGCGCAACAAGGCGCCCAGCAAGGGCCCGCGCAAGCCCAACAUCAAGAAGGAGCCCAAGUCGCCGCGGCAGGCCCAGGACAAGCGCAAGCCCAAGGCGCCCGCCAAGACGCCGCAGAAGUCCCGCGAGUUCCUGGACACGGACUCGUCGACGUCCGACUCGGAGGGCAACGAGAGCAUCCCGUCGUCGUCGCAGACGCCCAAGUACCAGGAGAGCAUCCGCACGCCCGUCUGCGUCUUCUCGCCCAUGGAGGAGAAGCUGCUGUCGCCGCUCAGCGACCCCGAGGAGCACUUCGCCACGCGGCAGGUGCUGCUGGUCAAGAUCGACCUGAGCCUGCUGACCCGCGUGCCCGGCCGACACUACAAGGAGCUGGACCAGAUCAAGCAGGAGAGGGACGUGGGGGAGAGGGACGGCAAGGACCUCCAGAAGCCGCCCAGCGAGAAGACCUCCAGCAAGGGGAAGAGGAAGCACGUCAAGAAUGAGGAUGAGGGCUUGAAGCCGGAAAGCAAAAAAUCCAGAAUGGAGGACAAGGCAUCGUCGCAUCACAAAUCCAGCAGUAAAGAGUCGUCCAAGCGCGGCCCGGAGAAGGAGAAGGAGUUGGCGCCCUCGCCCUCGAUGGCCGGCCUCCAGCGCACGCCCAAGCAGGAGCACCAGAGCCGCAAGCGCACCACCAGCCAGUCGUCCGCCUCGCUGUCCAGCGGCGCCAGCAGCGGCAAGGAGGGCGGCCACAGCACAAAGAACGGCCCCGCCUCCAAGCACCGGCGCGAGGACAAGCAGGGCCGCAGCACCAGGGAGGGAAAGGAGAAGUCCUCCAAGAUGCUUGACGGCCAGAUGUCUGUGACGCAGCUGUCUGACUGCUCCAAGUCGAGAUCCAAGCUUCUGUUUGAAGACCGGGUCCAUUCUGCCGAUUACUACCUACAAGAGGCCAAGAAGCUGAAACACAAUGCCGAUGCUUUGAUGGACAGGUUUGAGAAGGCAGUGUACUAUCUGGACGCUGUGGUGUCCUUCAUCGAGUGUGGGAAUGCCCUUGAGAGGAGUGCCCAGGAAGCCAAGUCUCCCUUCCCCAUGUACGCCGAGACUGUGGAGCUCAUCAAAUACACUAUGAAACUAAAGAGCUACAUGGCCCCGGACGCCACAUCAGCAGACAAGAGACUGGCAGUGCUCUGUCUGAGGUGUCAGUCUCUUCUCUACCUGCGGCUCUUCAAGCUGAGGAAGGAAAGUGCACUCAAGUACUCCAAAACACUCACUGACCACUUGAAGAAUUCCUUAAGUAAUACCCAGGCGCCGUCUCCAGGGAUGGGCAAUAAAGCGGCGGGCAUGCCCUCUCCAGUCUCCCCCAAGCUGUCCCCGGGCAGCGCGGGCAGCUACUCGUCCAGCAGCUCCAACCCCAGCAGCUCCUCGUCCGUCAACAUCCCCCAGCGCAUCCACCAGAUGGCGGCCAGCUACGUGCAGGUCACCUCCAACUUCCUCUACGCCACCGAGGUGUGGGACCAGGCCGAGCAGCUGGCCCGCGAGCAGAAAGAGUUUUUUGUGGAGCUGGAGAAGAUGAUGGGCCCGCUGAUCUUCAACACGAGCAGCAUGACCGACUUGGUGCGCUACACUCGCCAGGGCCUGGCCUGGCUGCGUCAGGACUCCAAGCUGAACCAGUAGAGGUGCUUUUCCUUCAUCUUCUCAUGCUGGACUCCUUCACUCACUCACUUAAAACGCGACUCUCUUUCAGAGCCUGGGACUCAUGGGCCUUUUGUUUUCUAAAGCCCAGCAAAACACAAACCUACACACACACACACAAAAAACAACACUCAUUACCGUUGGGCUCGAUCUGCCUCAGACAUUUGCAUAUCUUUCACUGUGUUCAUCAUCUGCACCAGCUUGCCAAAACCAGCAGCAGCAACAGCAGCACUGACUAAAACAAACCAACAAACAAACAAAAAAGACGCAAAAACUCUUGGCCCUACGGAAACCCCAGCUCCAAGCAGCUUUGUGAUAUUUAUUAUGGAAGGACGGUUCCAGCCACCAAGAGGAACUCCUUCCAAACCCCCCCAGCCUCCCCCCGGAUCCUGCGUGCUCUCCCAUAUCAUUGGGUUGAUUUGGUUUUUAGUCAAAGUAUUUAUUCAGUCCAUUGUCAAUGAUGAAGGCAUUUUAGUGCAAAGCCAUUUUUAUCGUUUUAAAUUUCAGUUUUUUUUGUCAGCAGUAAGGAAAUGUGCAUGAAAUUGGGUUUUUCACUGGCUUUGUUUAACCAAAGUACCUCCCACUUAACCAAAUGUGCUUUAAAACUUAAGGUUUUGUCCUUUAUCGGUUUUGUGCCUUGUAUUUGAUAUACAGGAAAAUAGGACGACACUUGUCCACAUACUCAUUUCCUUCAUGAAAUGUUGAUUUUUUUUUUUUUAUGAAACCGAAGCAUCGUUCUGAUGGCCGGUCCGCUGGGUAGCACAUCUGUAUUUUUUUUUCAAAGGCACAGCAGAGUUGCAAAGUUGUACUCUUGCAAAAACAAAACAAAAAAAAAAGUCCAUUCAUUUGAAAGGUUUUGGGCAGAAUUGGCCCCUCAGAGGAAACAUGCUAAAUAGCUGCCAACGGACUCUCCGAUCCUGAGGCGUUUUAAUGCUCAUGUUUUAAGGUUUGAACAAUAGCAAUGUAGCAUGCACAUGGGGUUGGUUUUUUUUAUCCAGUCACAGAUUUAUUUUUAUGAAUUGCAGGAGCAUCAUGCGUCUGCGCAUCAUUGUCACACAUAUGGCCCAAACUAUAUUUUAUUUAUACAAAGUAGAGCUUGCUUUGAGCUAAGUCCUACCUUUCGCUUACAGAGUUGAAAAGGCUUCAAACAGGGUUGAAACUAGAGCGCAGAAAUGUAAAGUAUUUCUAUUGUAAAUGGAAAGUAUUUAAAUAUUUAAUGUCAUUCAUGAAUUUCCCUUCUUGGCAUAAUCGUCAUUUGUGUAUUACAGAUCAUUUAAUGAAAGUCAUCUAUGGAAUAUAUUUAUGGUAUUUGCUAUGGAUAUUUGCAUUGAGCGUAUGAUUGUGUGUAUGAGUGAGAGAGAGAGAGAGUAUGUGUGUGUGCGAUCGUAUCACUUCAACAUCUUUCCCCUUCCAACCAUUGUCCCCUAAUCCGUCUGAUUUGAUAGCAGUUUCAUAUCGUAGAGUUGUUCCAGCUCGUAACGUAGAAAAGUAAUAGAACAAAAAAAACAAACAAACAUGGUAUUGUAGGUUUUAGAUUAUUCAGGACAGUCCUCUUAAGUAUGUUGUGUGCUGGAAAUGCCUGCUAUCUAUACCUUGCACUAGAAAUACUUUAUUAUUUGAAUUGGCUCCAUUGUGUCUGUUGAGGGAAAUCAUUCAUUUUUUACUUAUUUCUUUUGAAUGAAUGUAGUAGAGAUCAGAACUGUUAUUAUAAUGGUACAUGCCUGCGGGGCAUAAGAACACAACACUGUGGUUAGUGGACAGUCUCACAAUAGUUGUUCUGUCUCCCUCGCUCGGGUCAGACAUGUGACCGCCUCACAGCCAGUUAAAAAAAAGAAAAGAUUAUAUCAAACUUUGAGGCAGAGCAGAGCAAAGCAGAUGUGUGGGUCUGGGCCACAGUUAGUCUCCCAGACCUCCGGUGUGUGCUGUCUUUGGAUUAUUCAGCAUCAGUGGAAACGGUUGGGAGACACACUGUGGUGUAGCCUCAUAGGGUGCCUCUCAUGCAGCGUUUAUACGUCCUCCCUCGCUCCUCGGGCCUCGAUCCU